CUUGUAUAUUUAUUUUUAGGUAUUCAAUAUUGUUUAUAUUUUUGAGAAACAUUUCUUGGAUUAUCGAUAAGUGAUAGUUGUUAUUGGAUAAAGCCGAGGAAGAUGCGUUGGACAGUACACUUAGAUGGCGGACCACGUAGAGUAAAUCAUGCGGCUGUAUGUGUCGGUGAUUUCAUAUAUUCAUUUGGUGGAUAUUGCACAGGUGAUGAUUAUCGCUUCAAUGAAUCAAUAGAUGUACAUGUAUUGAAUACACAAACACUGCGAUGGACCCUGCUGCCACAAAGGCGUUGCGGAAAUGGAACCAUAUUAAAAUAUCCCGAAGUACCAUUCCAAAGAUAUGGCCACACUGCUGUUACAUACAAAGAUAAAAUCUACAUGUGGGGCGGUCGAAACGAUGAGACACUUUGUAAUGUCUUGUACUGUUUCGAUCCGAAAAAACUCAGCUGGUCACGACCACUAGUUACAGGUGCCAUACCGGGCUCAAGAGAUGGCCACUCAGCCUGUGUCAUCGAUAAUUGUAUGUAUAUAUUUGGUGGUUUUGUCGAAGAAAUACACGAGUUCUCAUGUGACGUACAUGCCUUAAAUUUCGACACAAUGGAAUGGCGUUAUAUACAAACAUUUGGUGUGCCACCAUCAUUUAGGGACUUUCAUACCGCCGAGCACAUACACGGUAGAAUGUAUAUAUUUGGCGGACGUGGUGACAAGCACAGUCCGUAUCACAGCCAAGAGGAGAUGUAUUGUCCGGAAAUAGUGUAUUUAGAUUUAAAGACUAAAGUGUGGCACCGACCGUCCACAACAGGAAAAGUACCUGUUGGUCGGAGAAGUCACUCAAUGUUUAUCUAUAAUAACUUAAUUUAUGUAUUUGGCGGCUAUAAUGGUUUAUUGGAUCAGCAUUUCAAUGAUUUGUAUACGUUUGACCCGAAAGCCAACUGCUGGAAUCUUGUUAAGCCUCAUGGUAAACCACCUACACCACGACGACGACAAGCAGGAAUUGUUAAAGGUUCACGAUUAUUUUUAUUUGGUGGUACUAGUCCUUAUCCUCAUGAAACUGGUCAAGAACAGGCAUUUUUGAUAGAUAAUAACGAUACAAAUAUACUUGAUUUUGAGCCAAAUUUAAAAACCUUGGCAAUAUUGGCCGUUGUAGAAAAUCGUAUAGAUACUACAUGGUUACCCAGAGAAUUAAGACUAGAAAUAAAAGCCAUGACACAACCAAAUUCCAUAAGCCGACCCAUUAAUCAUGCUGGUUGAAGGGAUCCAUCAAAGGACCAUCAAAGAAGCAGAAGAAACGCAAUUCACAAAAACGAAAGAAAAAACAGCUUAAAAAUCUGUUUUUAUUUUCAAAUUUAAUGUCAGUGUUGAAAGAAACAAAACGUUUACAAAUAGCGCAAUUAAAUUUUUAUUUUGUUUAAACACACAUUUAUCUCACUCAAACACUCCCUCCACCACCAUCAAUCAUCCCCAUUUUUGCUCCCUCGUCAGUAAGAUAUACAAACAUAGAUACAUGCAUACGUACAUUUGUACAAAAUAUGAAAAACACAAAGUUUAUUAUAUUAAUUAAAGUAACGAUGAUUCUUUUGUUAAAAGUGUUCAAACUGCCAACUUUGUUACUCGAAAACUUAAUUUUGUUGCAAUUUUUUAGGGUUCUUGUGUGUUUUUUGUAAUUUUGUAUUUUUUAGUUAUUUUAAGUUUUGUAAAAAAUGAAAAGUAUUUAAAAAAAAAUUUGUUAUUAAUUUCAGAUUAUUUUUUUUAUAUAAAUAUAUAUUAAGUAAGGUAUACAUACAUUCAUUUAAACCCUUAAUAUAUGUUCAAUAAAAAUGGAAACUUAAGUAAACAUUUUAUAAACAAAAUUAAA